AUGGCGUCCUCUUCUUCUUCUUCUUCUUCUUCUUCUUCUUCAACAUCCUCUCUUGCCGAUUCAUCUUCCUCUUCCUUCUUCACCACGGCAACCGACACCGUCCCCGUCACACAGGAACAGUUGAACAUCUUCCAUUCCGUCGACCGCAAGCUCUUCACCCGCCUAGUCUUCAAUCUGAGCCGCGACCCCGCCGAGUCCACUCAGGUCAUGGCUCUCUGGCUCUGGUUGGAGCAAGCCGAACGAGACCUGCAUUUCGUCAAUAAAAUUUUGGUCAACUUCCCCGAUUCUCUCCUCAAUGCCAUCGCCGAUGAAACCGUCGUCGCUUUGAAUUGCGCGGAGAGCGAUCGGUUCCCUUUCCCUUCCAACAAUUUCCCCGACAUACCUCUUCUCCGAAGCAUGACGAGUACCGGAUCGUUGAGCCUCAAAUUCUUUUAUGAAAACAGGUUCGGAGUUAUCCGCGGCGUCACAAGGAUGCUCAACAAAGUCUGUGCCAGGGCAUUUCAGGACAUCUUGCAGCGUGUUCAGGAGAGAAAAGCCCAAGAACACGCUCGGCUUGGUUCGCUUACCAGUGUUUACUACAGCAAUAAUCAUCCUUAUAAUUACGGUGGUAGUACAGUAAAAGGAAGUGAUUCGAGUCCGCACGUUGGUGGUGGUUUUGAUACGUCUGAUCUUGCAUUCCAGAGACAGAUUAUGAAUAGCAGUGAAACUGGGGAUGUUUUGGGUCGUUUACAAUUAGGUGGUGGUAGUAGUGAUGUUAAAGGAAGAGACUGCGUGCCUGUUGAUGAUAGGACUAUUUUUUUGACAUUCUCUAAAGGCUAUCCAAUUUCUGAAUUUGAAGUCAAAGAAUUCAUCACCAAGAAAUUUGGAGAUAAUGUGAUUGAUUAUAUAUACAUGCAAGAAGUGUCGCCCGAGGACCAACCCCUCUAUGCACGACUUGUUGUUCGGUCGGUUUCUGACAUUGGAAUAGUUCUCAGUGGAAAGAGCAAAGCCAAAUUCUCCAUCAAUGGGAAACAUGUUUGGGCUAGAAAAUUUGUUCGUAAGCAAGUCAAGUCGCCCCAGAAUUUGUCACCUCCUUCGGUUUCUCAACCUGGUUCACCAUCCGAACCAUCACAAGAUAUGGAUAGUGGUAAUGAUACUGAAACUCGUAGUACCCCAUCAACAAUACCAUUAGAAUCAGUAGCACCUGCAUCACUUCUUCCAUUUCCACCAUCUAGUUUAAGGAAAAGAAAACCAUCUAGGAAACCAUCCAUGGUGUGGGAUAAUUAUGAGAAAAUAGAAAAUUCAGAUCCUGAUAACCCUAGAUGGUUGAGGGAGGCACAUGACUCUAUUGCUAGUAUUCGUAAUGUAGUGAAAUAUGUUAGAUCUUCUCCUAUUAGAUUACAAAAGCUUAAGGAGUGUGUUGCUCAAGAGAAAAUUGAGAGCAAUUCUCUUGUGUUUUUUGAUGUUCUAACUAGGUGGAAUUCCACCUACUUAAUGUUGGAAGUAGCUUCGAAAUUCCAAAAAAUUUUUGAAAGGUUGGAAGAGGAUGAUGGUCAUUAUCUAUGCUAUUUUAGGGAGGACAAUGGUGGUGGAAAAAGGGUUGGACCACCUAAUCAUAUUGAUUGGAACAAUGCUCUUGUUUUUGUGAAGUUCUUUAAAAGUUUUUAUGAUGUAACUUUAAAGUUUAGUUCUUCACUGCAUGUUAGUUCCGAUGCUUAUUUUUCAUGA